AUGGCAGAAGGUGCCGAAACCACCGCCCCGAUCAUCUCCGAGUUCCAGUCGGCGGCGGUGCUACUCGAAGAUUGGGGCGGCAGCCGGGCAGAGAUCCACGGGAACAGGGGAGUCAUACUCAGCCCUCGCUUCCGCUCAGCCGCUGCCAUAGCUGGAUGGGACGAGGAGGCCCUCCUCGUCGCUAGCCUCGUCGUCGAGGACACCCCCGUCCGCCAUUCCAAGCAGCUGAAGAGCCCCUCAGACGCUCCUUCCACAAACUCCCGACGGUAGACAACCAGAGAGAGAGAGAGAGAGAGAGAGAGGAAGAAAUUUCUAAAUCUUUUGUCAUCUUCAUCUUUUUUAACCACAGGAAAAGAAGAUCUCGAAGGCAGAGUCCCCGGAUACCGCCAGUUACUCUGAGGCUCGACGACGAUGACACAGUCGGAAAGGGUUGGCCACACUGUUCCACUUCUCGUUCGAUUUUUCCCAUGUUCUACCCAUUAAUCUUUCCUCUCACGUUCUGGGAUGAUGCCGUCAGUCGUUCCCCCUUUUGAUCCGAAGAAGACGGACGCAGAAGCAGAGAUUGUCUUCUCUGAGGCGAAGAAGGAGAAAACACCAGCUCUUGCCAUUUCUUGCAUGGACCGGUUGAGGGAGGAGCUUUCCUGCGCGGUGAGGGAUCUCUUCUUCUUGAUCUAGGAAUUUAUGACCUGGAUCUCCUUCCUGGAGUAAUAUGCGGGAAUUUUCGGCAGAUCUGCCUGGAGAUUUGCUUCGAACCGAGCACCACUCCCUGUGGGCACAGGUAGAUCAGAUCUCAACUCCUUCGCCGCUUCUCCUUCAUCGGAAUUUAUUUCUAUCUUCCACUAACAACUCUGCGAUUUAACACAGCUUCUGCAAAAAAUGCUUGAAAUGUGCGACCACGAGGUGCGGCCGGCGCUGCCCAAAAUGCCGGGAUCUCCUUGGGUAUGGGAUCAGACGGAUCAGAGCUUGACGAUUUAAACGGGGGGUUUCAAUACUGAGAACUCUGCACAUCCUUGAUUGCAGAAACGGGAGAUCCUGCACUGUAAACACAGUCCUCUGGAACACAAUUCAGCUCCUCUUCCCCGAUGAGAUCGCGGCAAGGAGAAACGCCUCGCCGGAGACAUCCGCCACCCAGGCCCCCGUAGUCUGCAAUAACCCCGACAGCAGCAGCCGCGGCAACGUAAGAACCGACGGCAGUAGCGCGAGACUAAGAAGCGUCCGAAGUGGGAUUUUAAGACGGCCACUCCGAGCAGGGAGGCCUGCGAUUGUGGAGCUCAGCGGCGAGCAAGAGCCGGGAAGGGCGGCGGCGGCGAGCCAGUCGGAGGAUGCGGCACUGGCUUUGAGAUUGCAGAGAGAGGAAAUGAUGGGAGCCCUUCGGGAAACUCAGCAGCGGCCGGAGAGGAACACGGUCUACAUGGCGAGAGCUAACCUGCGGGCCAUGGCUUCCAGGGCCAUCCAGCUCCGCAGUAGGCGUAGACAGUGA